AUGCAGCGCUCAACCCGCUCAAAAAAGAAUUCUAAAUCACAAGUUGCUGACGAGAAUUCCUUUGUGGAUUUCAAAACACCAAAACAUAACGCUAAAACACCUAAAUUACAAGCAAAGACACCAUUUCAGACAUCUUACCAAGCAUUUCAAACCCCAAACAAGAAGUAUAAUGACAAACCUACAAAGUCUCCGACACGUGCUCUCAAAGACAAGACAAAUAAAACGAAGUAUAAUGACAAACCUACAAAGUCUUCGACACGUGUUCUCAAAGACAAGACCAAUAGAACACCAUAUGUGGGCAACAACCAACAGACCAAUCUUUACCAAGAAGCAAAUGAAGUAGUGUGGGACGUGGAAUAUUGUCAUCCUCAUCAAGAAGAAUUUCCGUAUGAGCCAAGCGAAGAUAUAUGUAUUGAUUUGGAAUAUUUCCGCGGCCGACCUACAGCAGAGGCGUACGAAUUUGAUAAUUUUGAAUUUAAAGAUUUGCCAAUAAUCGAAAUUAAUGAGCAUGAUCUUCGACUAGAUCCUGCAUCGAUUGUGAAUGAAAAAGAAAUUUACCAAAUUCACGAUUCUGGAUCUAUUGAAUGGGGCUUUGAGAAUUUGUUUGAGGAGGUAUUUGGUCCAUUACCACCUGCUGUCUCGUCUUAG